UGCCAUUGCCUGCCAGCGUCCUGGGACAGACGAGAGAGAGAGGAAGAGAGAGAGAGAUAGAGAGAGGGAGGGAGAGAGAGAUAGAGAGAGGGAGGGAGAGUGGAAGAGAGUUUGUGUGAGAGAGAGGGGUCGUCAGACAGAAGAGGUAGAACGCUGAACAGGGGAGAGUGGCAAGUGGCAUAUCGGCACAGGCAAAGAGGACUUUGGCCAUUGUCUACGGCGACGGGGGACAACAACAACACAACUAAAUCUGAACAGGAUCAGCUUGUGGGACGACAGACUUUCACCCCCCCCCCCUCCUUUCACACCACCACCUCUUUUUUUAGGACUUUAUUUUUACUCACCCGCGACUGUUCGCACACGCUUGCUGUGUGUGUGCACGUAUUGGUUGGCGUUCGAGCGUGUGUGAGCGAGCGAGCGCGUGUCUUCUACGCAUUCGACAGGAUCACCCAUUUGACACUCUGCCCAUGGCUGACCUGAGCCUGAAGCUGGAACGCGUCGCCCUCACCGAGGCCUCCGACGAGGAGGAGGAGGAGGUCCCCUUGGUGAGAGCCGCGGUCAAACCCGCCAUCUCGCCGGUCAAGAAGGGGCCCGGUGCUGCCCCCGCCACCACCACCACACACGCCAUCGCAGUGCCCGCUUACAGUGAUGAAGAGGAGGAGGAGGAGGAGGAGGAGGAGGAGGAAUCAGGGGAUUCCCUGGUUAUACCUGUCGCGAAGCCCACCGUAAAGCCUGCGGCCGUGCCCGUCAAGAAAGGGCCCAGUGCCAGCCCCAAGCCCGCCGCCGCCGUGCCCGUCGACAGCGACAGCGAUGAGGACGACCGGUCCGUGGAGGUGAAACUGGCCCUGGACUCGGUCGGCGAGCAGGACAAAGGCGCGGAGGCGGACAGCAACGGCAUCAUGGUGCUGGCCCUGCUGGACAAGAUCAUCGGCGUGGUGGACCAGAUCCAGCAGACGCAGGAGACCCUGGAGAGCCGUCAGACGGGCAUGGAGAAGAACGUCACCUGCAUCCAGGGCGAGCUCACCAAGCUGGCCAAGAGCCACACCGGCACCAGCCACACCGUCAACAAGAUGCUGGACAAGCUGCGCAAGGUCAACACCAACGUCAAGAGCGUCCGCGGCGAGCUGGAUCGGCAGGCCGGCCACAUCAAGAAGCUGGAGAGCAACGAGCAAGAGCUGCUCCGCAGGAAGAACUUCAAAGUCAUGCUAUACCAGGAGAAGCCACCUCCUGAGAAGAAGCCAUCCGUGAAAGCAGAGAAAGUGACAGUGAAACAGCCAGUAAUGGAAGGAGAAGAGGUUGAGGCCGAUGGAGCAGGAGGAGAUGAGGAGGUGGAGAUUGAGGAGACCAUUGAGGAGUCGCGCGCCGAGCGCAUCAAGCGCAGUGGCAUGCAGCGCAUGGAGAACAUCAAGAAGGCCUUCAGCAAGGAGAACAUGGAGAAGCAGAAGCAGAAGACCCGCGACAACCUGGAGAAGACCCGGCAGCGGACGCGGGACAACCUGGAGAAGACCCGGCAGCGGACCCGUGAGAACCUGGACAAGACCAAGCACAACCUGGAGCAGAAGAUGGGCAAGAUGGGCACGGAGCGCAAGGAGAAGCUGCGCUUGUCGCGCGACAAGCUCAAGAAGUCCCUCCACCUGGAGCGCAGCGGCGGCGGUGACGAUGGGGGCGUAGGGCACCCACGCCCCAAGGCCACCACCUACCGCGUGCCCCCCUUCACCUUCCACGUCAAGAAGAUCCGUGAGGGCCACGUGGAGCUGGAGAAGGUGGAGGUGGAGCAUGAGGAAGAGGAGACCAAGCCUAUGGUCUUCAAGGGUGGCCUGGUAGAGGUGGACGAAGAGGAGGCCCUGGAGGUUGAGGUGGAGGAAGGGGUGCUGGUGAGUUUGGACAGCCCGGAGAUGGAGGCCGUGCUCGAGGUGGCGGAUUCCUCAAAGCUGGUCUUGGUGGAUACAGAUCUUCCAAACCAGAAAAAGGGGAAAUAAAGCGCUUAUAAAGGCUAUUGAGCUUGUGGAGGAAAUAAGCAACAAGCAUGCGUGUGUAUGUUUCUGAGGUCUACAUAGGGAAGGAGACGAAAAGAGGAGAGAUGGUUUGAUGAGAGAAUGGAUGAACUAACAAGUAUUAUGGCAAAGAAGGCAUGGGGGAGACGAUGGACUCGUACACUGUUGCCAAAGAUUGUGUUGUUUGUCUUUUUUUCUUUAACUUUGUCAUUUGUUUUCACUUUUCUUUUUAAUCAGAGUCUGAACUGCAGUAUGAUGAACCAAGGCUGCCAUAGACACAUGACAUUCUAUGUUUGGGUUUAGAAUUCAGAGCUUAACGUUUUCCCGUAGUUGAUUAGCUUUAAAUGAUAGAGUCUACUUUGAGUGUCAUUCUUAGAGUGAUUUGUUAAUGGGGUGUGGAUGUCAACAGCAUUGAGUGUGGAAGUCUGUUGUGAAGUGAGAGGCGAGGAUGGGAGUUUCACAGUGUGUGUUACCGUAACACAGGAAGCUAUCGAGAGGAGUGAGACUGCAGGGGUUUCUCCAGCCUGAUUACGUAUCCUCAGAGCUCUGAUGCCAAACAGCACGUCUCAAUCCCAACACUGGAUGGCUGUCCUCAUUCUAGCCGUGCUGGUAUUCAUAAGCUAACCUUAAACUAAUUUCCUUCCUCUUGCCCCAUGUGUUUACCCUUCUAUCCCUGCCCUAAGCCUCACUGUGAAAUACAUAAUAUAGCCUGAGUUGGAGAUCAAAGUCAAAAGAGAACUAGUGGUGUAAUAUCAUGUUGUGUGGCAGGAUAGUGUUUAGAUGUGUGUGAAAAUAAGAAUGAACUUGAAAAGGAGGGUUAUGUGUUUGAGAAGCGAUGCUUUAUGUACAGUCAUGUAAAAAUGAUUAGGUGUUCAAUCUAUGGCAGAUAAAAUGGAAUAGAUUCAAUUAUCAGUUUGUAUGAUCAGAGCAUAAGCUUGGCUGGAAUCUGAUGGUGGAGUACAUAUUAUUCUGUUUUAGACGAAGGUCACCAUCCAUAAUCAUUUGUGACUGAGUGUGUAUGUUUUAUAAAGUCAACACUGAACUCAUAACUAAAUGUAAAAAAUGUUUAUAAAACAGAGAUCGCUGUAACAGAUCAUUAAAUGACUACCAGUGU